CAGCGCGUGUUGUGACGUGGCCGAGCGCACAGCUGGACAUUAAAGAGGAUAAAGGCGGCUGUCCGCGGGUCGUUAAGCCUUUCUGGCGAAAACAUAUUGGCAGAUAUCGUGUUUGAGUUUCCCAUGUCGGUGUCCGGUUCAGGAAUGAUUUCAGCACCGCGGACAGCGACGGACCGAACAAAACUCCCGUACUGUCACGAGUCUUUUCAUAACCUUCAGGAGUUGAGACACAGCGCAUCUCUAGCCAACAAGGUCUUCAUUCAGAGGGACUACACUGAUGGCACCAUCUGCAAGUUCCAGACCAAGUUCCCCUCCGAGUUAGACAGCAGGAUUGAGAGGACGCUGUUUGAGGACACGGUGAAGACGCUGAAUAAUUACUAUGCCGAGGCGGAGAAGAUCGGGGGCCAGUCGUACCUCGAGGGCUGUCUGGCCUGCCUCACGGUUUACCUCAUAUUCCUCUGCAUCGAGACACGCUACGAGAAGGUGCUGAAGAAGAUCUCGCGCUACAUUCAGGAGCAGAAUGAGAAGAUCUACGCUCCAAGAGGUCUCCUCAUCACAGACCCUUUAGAGAGAGGCAUGCGGGUCAUUGAGAUCAGUGUGUAUGAGGACCGUGGUUCCAGUGGCUCAAGCUCAGGAAGCAGCACAACCAGCAGCAGCGGACGAUGAUUCACGCACACACACUGUAACAUUCACCCGUCCACACGCCUUCAUACUGACGCCCGCUGAACAGACACGCUGACCGUUCAGCAUCGCCAAACAGAAACACACCUGACAUGAACUGCCUCCACAACACACAUCCGCUGUGAGCAGCGUCAUUACCUCAGUCAUCUGGAUAGAUGUGACCCUUCACAAACCUGCAGUCGUUGCACAUCCCGACUCACUAGCUAUGGAAGCUUGUUUCCACCACAAAAUGAAAAAGCUAAUCAUGACUUUUUAUUUCACAAUUCUGACUGUUUUUCUCUUGCAAUUCUGAGGAAAAAAUAGUCAGAAAUGUGAGGUUUAAAGCAAGAUUUGUGAGGUAAAACUCAAAAAGUCUGAGAAAAAGUCAGAUUUGUCAGAUGUAAACUCAGAAUUCGAAGAAAAAAAGUCAGAAUUCCGAGAUGUAAAUUCAGAAUUCCAAGAAAAAAAGUCAGAAUUCCGAGAUGUAAAUUUAGAAUUCCAGCAUAAAAAGUCAGAAUUCUGAGAUGUAAAUUUAGAAUUCGAAGAAAAAAAGUCAGAAUUCCGAGAUGUCAAUUUAGAAUUCCAGCAUAAAAAGUCAGAAUUCCGAGAUGUAAAUUCAGAAUUCCAAGAAAAAAAGUCAGAAUUCCGAGAUGUAAAUUUAGAAUUCCAACAUAAAAAGUCAGAAUUCUGAGAUGUAAAUUUAGAAUUCGAAGAAAAAAAGUCAGAAUUCCGAGAUGUAAAUUCAGAAUUCCAAGAAAAAAAAGUCAGAAUUCUGAGAUGUAAAUUUAGAAUUCCAGCAUAAAAAGUCAGAAUUCUGAGAGGUACAUUUAGAAUUGCAAGAAAAAAAGUCAGAAUUCUGAGAUGUAAAUUUAGAAUUCCAAGAAAAAAAGUCAGAAUUCCGAGAUGUAAAUUUAGAAUUCCAGCAUAAAAAGUCAGAAUUCCGAGAUGUAAAUUCAGAAUUCCAAGAAAAAAAGUCAGAAUUCUGAGAGGUACAUUUAGAAUUGCAAGAAAAAAAGUCAGAAUUCUGAGAUGUAAAUUUAGAAUUCCAAGAAACAAUGUCAGAAUUCCGAGAUGUACAUUUAGAAUUCCAGCAUACAAAGUCAGAAUUCCGAGAUGUAAAUUCAGAAUUCCAAGAAAAAAAGUCAGAAUUCCGAGAUGUAAAUUUAGAAUUCCAGCAUAAAAAGUCAGAAUUCUGAGAGGUAAAUUUAGAAUUCCAACAUAAAAAGUCAGAAUUCCGAGAUGUAAAUUCAGAAUUCCAAGAAAAAAAG